GGUUGGCAUUGAGCGAAAGAGGCGGGACAUAUUGCCGCGGGUUCAGCACCGCCGCUGGAACCGGGAGAUGCGGCGCAGGAACUGUCGCCGUUUGCUUAAACCUGCGUCUCGUGUCGUACUGUGGUUCCUUCUGCGUCUUGGAUCAUGCUGUUACCCUCGGACGUGGCCCGGCUGGUAUUGGGUUACUUACAACAAGAAAACCUCACUUCUACCUGCCAGACCUUUAUAUUGGAAAGUUCAGAUUUAAAAGAAUAUGCAGAACACUGUACAGAUGAAGGUUUUAUCCCAGCCUGUUUACUGUCUUUAUUUGGAAAAAACUUGACAACAAUUUUGAAUGAAUAUGUAGCUAUGAAAGCAAAAGAAACAUCAAAUGAUGUCCCAGCAAUACUGUCAUCUCUGUGGAAGAAGUUAGACCAUACACUCUCUCAGAUCAGGAGCAUGCAAAGUUCUCCGGGGUUGGCUGCCAAUCAGAGAGUCCGAACAAGAAAUGGAAUUGCAGAAAUCAAACGACAAAGAAGGCUUGCAUCUCAAGCAGCUCCUGUCAGUUCAGAGUUGCUGAUUUUACCUUAUGUUUCAGCACAAUUUACUACUGCUCCUUUGACAGCUACACAACCUGUUCAGCCAGCUGGCCAAAUUUCAACGCCAAUGAGGUCAAAUUUUGUAGUGGUCAAUCAUUCACAGUCACAAGAAACUGUAACUACCGGAGAGUCUUUAAAUAUCAUUCCUGGAACUCAGGAAAAGAAAUCUCACGCCAGUUUAAUGUCACCUGGUAGACGUAAAAGUGAAUCACAAAGGAAAAGUAUUACUUUGUCUGGGCCUCACUCAACAAUACGGAAUUUCCAGGACCUAAAUGCAUUUACAGUAGAGAAACAAAUGGUUAUUGAAAAUGCACGAGAAAAAAUACUAAACAACAAGUCUCUUCAAGAAAAGCUUGCAGAAAACAUUAACAAAUUUUUGACUAGUGAUAACAAUAUUGUUCAAGUACCCAAGCAAACAGAUAGCAACCCUGCUGAGCCAGAAGCUUCAAUUGAUGAACUCCUGGGACUUCCGAGUGAAAUCCAUAUGUCUGAAGAAGCUAUACAGGAUAUAUUGGAACAAACAGAAUCAGACCCAGCAUUUCAAGCACUGUUUGAUUUGUUUGACUAUGAUAAAACAAAGAACAGUAAAAAUAUAUCACAAAGCAUUUCUAAUCAGCAAAUAGUCUUAUCUGAAGAAACAAAUCUAGUGGUUAAAAGUUCUUUUGAAAGAGAAGAAUCUGAUGGUCAGCCUGGUCAACCCCCUUGUACAUCCUAUCAAAAUGAAGAUGCACUAAAUGCUUUAAAGAAUGGCAGCAAUCAUGAAGUGCUUAGACAGGAAGCCCAGGAAGAUUUUUCCCAAAUAGAUUCUUGCAUCCAGAAAAAGGCCAUUAAAACAGCAGCACCUAUGGAGGAGAAGUGUGACCUUGACAUUACCUUUCAGUCUGUGCCUAAUUUGAAUGACUUUAACCAAAGAGGAAAUUCUCAUGCUGAAUGUAAUCAGCAUUGUGCUGAAUUAUACAACAGUCAGAUCCCCCCUGAAACUGAAAGGGCCAUGGAGGUUGAAAAGAAUUCUUUGUCUCCAAAUGUGCCCAGUGAAUCUCAGUUACAGCCUCAUCAGUCUGCUAUACCAGUAACUUCAUUAGUUACCCUUGGUGGUGAAAUGAAUAAUGAAAACUUAAUUCUCUCUGGGAAAAGUUGUCAACUUUUGUCUCAAAAUCCUCCAUUAACUGGAAAGGCAUCUAAAAAUAGUCAGUUUUGUGAAAAUCUGAAUACAGUAAGACUUAAAACUAAUUUUCAUGGUUCCAAGUCACCAGAUUCUAGUGAAAUUUACAAAAGUAAAAUUGAAAUUAAUAAUGUACUACCAGUUGUGUCACAACAACUCCCAGAGUGCCAAGAUAAUUCUUCACUUCAAAGUAAAAUGUUACCUGUGUCUGUUGAAAGUUCAGCUUUACAUGUAUCUGAACAAAUAGAAAUUUGUCUCGAAGAUUCAGACUCAAUUAAACAACCAUAUAAUUCCACAGCUAUUGAACUAAAUCAUAUGGAAAAUGAAACUGAGCCACACAACUCUGAGGAAGUUAUUUUGGAUUCACAGGAGCCUUCAUCUUCCGUAAAAGAAGGAGAUAACAUUUUUCUUUCUUUAGGUAGAACUGAUAACUGUGGGGAAAUUGCAUUGAUACCUCCAGAAGGUAACUCUAUAAAAAACAAUCACUCUCUUCCUUCAGAAUCUGGGUGUUCUUCAGUGGGAGAUUCUCACCCUGAGUCCCCAAAUCCUGGUGAUAAACCUUCUAGUGACAACUCUGCAGAGAUAGAUUCAUCAAAUAUUGUGUCUCUCAAAAUUAUCAUUAGUGAUGAUCCAUUUGUUUCCUCAGAUACUGAACUUAACAAUGCUGUAUCUAGUAUCAGUGGAGAAAACUUGCCAACUAUCAUUUUAUCUUCUCCUGCUAAAUCACCUGCCAAAAAUGGAGAAUUAGUUAAAGGCCUGUCUUCAGAAGAAAGUGCAGGUACUGUUGUAUCUGCUGCAGUAAAGGAUUCAGCCUCAGUGGAAGAAAGCCUUUUAACACUCAAACCUGAGGACUCUUCAGUAAACAACGUUCAGAGUGAUGACAGCACUACUUUUUCAGCCAGUGUUACACCAUGCGUUUCCAAGGAAGGAGGAUUCAUACAGUUGAUGCCAGCCACAAGCACAACUUUUGGCAACUCAAAUAACAUUCUCAUUGCUACCUGUGUGACUGAUCCAGCGGCCUUGGGAACAACUGUUAGUCAGUCUAAUGUUGUGGUGUUGCCUGGAAAUUCUGCACCUAUGACUGCACAACCUCCUCCACCACAGUUACAGACACCACCAAGAUCAAACAGUGUAUUUGCUGUCAACCAAGCUGUGUCACCAAACUUUUCACAAGGUUCUGCCAUUAUAAUUGCUUCUCCAGUCCAACCUGUACUCCAGGGAAUGGUGGGAAUGGUCCCUGUCUCUGUGGUUGGACAGAAUGGAAAUACCUUUUCUGCACCUCCUCAGCAGGUCCUUCAUAUGCCUUUAGCAGCACCUGUAUGCAAUAGAAGUAUCCCUCAAUUCCCUGUUCCUCCGAAAUCUCAGAAGGCUCAGGGACUGAGAAACAAGGCUUGUAUAGGAAAGCAGGUCAAUAAUUUGGCGGAUUCAUCAAGUUAUUCAGUUGGAUGUCAUGCACAAAGAACUGAAGUUUCUGACAAGAAUAAGGCCACAGGACUUGGGAAAAAAAUGGAAGAAAUCACAGUUCCCUUCUCAGAAGAGAGCAUGGUUCCAGUUAGCAGACCAUUUGAAAGCCAUAGACGUGUGCUGUGUUUUGACAGCACCACUUCUCCAGUGGCAAACACGCAGGGGUCAAGCCAUAAGAUGGUAUCACAACACAAAGACAGGAGUGAAGUUUCCUUUUCUCAUCUUGACUCACCCAUUGUGUCCUGCACGUUAAAACCCCCUUCUAAUGCUACCAAAAAAGAGAGAGAGAAAACACCUAUGCCUAAGAUUUUAUCUAAGUCAGAAACUGCUAUAAGUCGGCAUACCACCAUAAGAGAAGCUCAGUCAGAAAAGAAAGUUGCACCUACAGAAACGGUAUUUGAAUCCUUCCAUAAAGCAACAGCUAAUAAGGAGAACGAAUUAUGCAGUGAUGUGGAUAGGCCGAAAAAUUCAGACACUUCAAAAUUGUCUAUUGGGCAACAAAAUGGGAGUUUACGAAAUGAGAAAGCAGUAGCUUCCCUGCAAGAACUGACCAAAAAACAAGCUACAUCUUCAAACAGUAAAAAUGUUAUUUCAGUAGGUACAGCUAUGAAGGAACUAAAACAAGAACAAACUAAAUCUACCAACUCUUUGAGUACCACAGAAAUAUUACAUGAUGUUCAGUUGCACAGCCCAGUAAAUAGACUUGCUGAUAGUAGUGAUUUGCCUGUUCCCCGUACACCUGGCUCAGGAACGGGGGAAAAACAUAAAGAACCUACAGAUGUCAUCAAGCCCCCCUCUAGUAGGCGUUUUGGUGAUGACAGUAGCACACCAAAAGUAAUGAUCCCUCCUGUCACUCCAGACUUGCCUGCCUGCAGCCCUGCCAGUGAGACAGGCAGUGAAAAUAGUGUAAACAUGGCUGCCCAUACGUUAAUGAUUCUCUCCAGAGCAGCCAUUUCCAGGACUACUUCCACAACUCCUCUAAAAGACAACACCCAACAAUUUAGAACAUCUUCAAGGAGCACCACAAAAAAAAGGAAAAUUGAAGAAUUAGAUGAGCGUGAGCGGAACUCCCGCACUUCUAGUAAAAGUCUUGCAAAUUCAUCGAUACCAAUGAAGAAGAAGAAAAUUAAGAAAAAGAAGCUACCUGCUUCAUUUCCAGCAGGAAUGGAUGUGGACAAAUUUUUGUUAUCAUUGCAUUAUGAUGAGUAAACAUUCUAAACACUUAAGAACAUCAGUUGUUUAAAACUUGUAUUCCUGAAACCAUGAGUGUGGGGAAUGGGACAUUGACAGAAAUUGAAAACAUGACCUGCACUUUUCAUUGAACUAAAAUUUCACUUUAUACCUGAUCAUGCUGUUUCUGAAGCAGCACCCUAGUUUGUAAAUAGACUUAUUAUAUUUCUAUUUUGGAAAAAAAAAUUAGCAGAAAUCUAAGUAAAGCCAAUCUGCAAAAACUGUAUAGCUUUGACAAUUGGAUAUUGUAAAUAUUGUGUAAAUCUUGUGAAAAUAGAGUUUAAAUUACCUAACGUUCUUACACUGAGUUUUUUGACUUAUGAUCCUUAAUUGGGGUUUAUUCAUCUGGAAUAAUAUCUCAUUUCUUUUGAAGGAAAAUGUUCCUUAUCCUUACAAAUUACCUUCAGUCAUUAUUCAAAAAGAUACUUAAAUAUAUAGCCACUAAGUGCAAAAAAUAGUAACCAUCUCAACUGGUAGUAAAGUGUCUAAUCAGAAAUAAUCAGUUUGAUGGAUUUUUCCCCCUAGACUCAAUUGCGGUAAAAACUAUCUUCUUAAAAUUUUACGAUUUAUUUCUUAUGGUCAUUCUGUUCUCUUAGUUUCAAAGAGAAUUUUGUAAACCAUU